AGUAACAUUUCACCACAACUCAUAUUGGCGAAAAAAAUAGAAGUAUUUGGGCAAGUAACGUUUUGAAGGACAACAAGAGAGUAACUUUCUUGUGUUCCCUUCCCUUCCCCCAUUCAAUUCUUUACCCAACGCAAUCUUAUCUCUCACCAUUUUCUUCUUAAACAGAAAAUGGAUUACUCCGGCAACUGUCAAAGUUUUGUUUCCGGUGAUGAUUUGUUUGUUGACGACCUUCUUGACUUGUCAAAUGGUUUCUCUGAGGACGAACAAAAUGAAAAUGAAAAUGAAAACAACAAGUCUUCGUCGUCGCAACAGAUUAAGGAAUGUGAUAAAGAAACUGUUAUUAUUCCUUCUGUGAAACAAGAUUUUGGUUCUCUUCUUGGUUGUGAAAUCAGCCUUCCUGGGGCUGAUUUGGAUAACCUAGAAUGGUUAUCUCAUUUUGUGGAAGAUUCAUUUUCGGAGUAUUCACUUACAUACUCUGCCGGAAACCUACCGGAAAAAUCUCUCAAAGUUCAUUCAAACGUAGAAAUUCCGGUCCGAGAGAAGCCCUGUUUCACCGUUCCGUUUGGUGCCGAACGAGAGAAAAAUAAACCUCCGUCAAUGUCAUUUUCUUCGUCUUCCUCCACUACAGCCAACAAUUUUUGGGGUGAGUUAUCGGUAGAAAAUAAACCGGCGGCGAGGAAACCAAAGAAGAAGAUGGAGAAACGUAUAGGAAUUGGGGCAAAACAGUGCAGUCAUUGUGGGGUGCAGAAGACUCCACUAUGGCGGACCGGUCCAUUAGGUGAGAAAACACUUUGCAAUGCAUGUGGAGUCCGGUUUAAAUCCGGUCGGCUGUUACCAGAAUACCGGCCGGCAAGUAGUCCGACGUUUUCGACUGGGUUACACUCGAACAGUCACCGGAAAGUUUUGGAAAUGCGGCGGAAGAAGGAAACUGAACCGGGUCCGCCGGUCCAGAGUUUUUGAAAAAAUUAAUAGUAUUAGAAGUAGUUUUUUUAAGGAAUUAUUAUUAUUAUUAUCAUUUUAAAGUUUAGAAGAUUUUAUUUUUUCAAGGUAGGGUUUUGAACUUCAAAGUGUUAGUGCAGAACAAAUUUAAAAGAAAAAGAGAAGAUUAUGCUUCUUUUUUUUUCUUUUUGGUUUCUUCAUUUAUAAUUAGUGUAUAUAUACGUGUCAAAAUGGGAUUAGAGAUUUUUAAAAGUUAAUAUAUUAAA